AUGCUAAUACACUAUUAAAAAAUGAUAAAAUUGAAGCUCAUGCCUGUAUCUGAAAAAGAUAUCAGAAUUACAAUUUAAGAUAUUUUAAAUAUAAAUAACUUAUAAAAGAGAAUAAGAAACAACCCAAUAGCAUGA